UUUCUGAUAUUGCUAUAUUUGACCAUAAAUGUGUUGUUUUAGGGAUGCAUUGUUGCUAAAUAGUAUUUUGUCAUCGAUGAAAGGUUUUCGUGUGGGAGGCGUUUCGGUGGUCUCGAGUGUAUCCGCAAACCAUUGAACUGUAGGUAGUGUUCAGGGAUUCCAAAUUUAGUUACACACUUACUGGUGUUGCAGUUGAACUUUUCUUAAUAGCAAACCAUUUUUUUCUUAAUAGUUCGAGUAAUUCGUUUGGUAAGGAAUUCGUGAGAUAACGAACUACUAAUCUAGCUCUAAAUAGAUAAUUGUUUUAUACCGAAUAUUUCAAACAAGUAAUGUAAUUAAUGUAGCCAUCUCAACCUAUGAAGCUCCUGCCUACUUAGUCCAUUCAUAAAAAGCAUUAUGUAAACGAAUGAAUGACAAGUGAUUUUGUCGUGAUAAAAAGGACUCACGGCGUUCUCGAAUUUUACCUAUGUGAAACUUUGCCUGAAUAAUCUCCUUUGUUGAUUUUGUGAAAUCAUAUUGGUAAUGUAUACAUACUUUGGCGAUAGGCUACAUUAUAAUGCUCUAUUAUAAUGCUCUACUUUUGGAGCGUUCGCGUAGGCUACCGCGCGCGUCAAAUCAAUGAUUUUUCGGAUCGGGAUUCAAUAAUGCAAUGUUGGCGACGGUCCAAUGUAUUGCGGAUGUAGCCCUCAUUGCCCUCUCGAGGCAGGCAGUGAUAUGGCUAAAGGUUACGGCGGAGCGAUAUGCUGUAGUCUACGACAAAGAGCUGCGAUAAAUCGGGAGGGAGAUCCCAUGAAUAGUGUUUGAGCCCUAUGUCACUAAUGGACGGAGUCAUUGUAUAAAACACGAAAUGUAACCCCAAAUAUAAAAAGCUAGCAAAGAGAAUCACUGAACACUUCACAGGAGAACAUGGAGAAGAAAAGGUGGGAAUGCUUGGCUCUCCCCAAGGGCUGGCAGAUCGAAGAAGUGACCAGAAAGUCGGGUUUGUCUGCGGGAAAAAGCGAUGUCUAUUAUUUUAGUCCAACCGGGAAGAAGUUUCGGAGCAAGCCUCAGCUGGCUCGUUACCUUGGCAACCAGAUGGACCUCGGCUCCUUCGACUUCCGCACGGGGAAGAUGCUCAUGAAUAAACUGAACAAGAACAGGCAGAGACUGCGCUAUGACAACAACAAUCAGACCAAGGGCAAGCCAGACCUGAACACAUCACUCCCCGUCAGACAGACUGCUUCCAUCUUUAAGCAACCUGUCACCAAGGUUACCAACCACCCCAACAACAAAGUCAAGACAGAUCCACAGAAAGCCGUCGACCAGCCGAGACAGCUUUUCUGGGAGAAGAAGCUUGGUGGUCUCGAUGCCUUUGACAUCGCAGAGGAGCUAGUGAAGACAAUGGACCUGCCUAAAGGUCUUCAAGGAGUUGGACCUGGAUGUACAGACAAGACUCUACUGUCAGCGAUAGCCAGUGCCCUGCACACCAGUGCAGCCCCCAUCACCGGUCAGCUGUCUGCAGCCGUGGAGAAGAACCCAGGGGUGUGGCUCAACACAUCGCAGCCCCUUUGCAAGGCCUUCAUUGUCACUGACGAGGACAUCAGGAAGCAGGAGGAGCUGGUGUACAGUGUGAGGAAGAAGCUGGAGGAGGCUCUAAUGGCGGACAUGUUGGCUCAUGUGGAGGAAGCAGCCAGCGAGGGCGACUCACUCGAGGAGGACAACGACGACAUGGAGACUGUAUAGCAGAGGGUGAUGGGGAGUUAGAGUAGUUUGGAUGGGUUUUUCAACACCUUAUCACAGGACCAUGAAACAGGAACCCUGUACCAAUCCAACCAAAAGAACUGCCCAUUUUCCACCUACUACCCCUCUGAAGCUCUACCUACCUACCACCCACCUCGCCCGCUGGUUGGGCUCUUCUGGCUCCAGUGUUAAGAAAGGACUUGGACUGAGCCAUUCUGAAUCAAAUCAUUUAGCUAAUAAUCAAUCUUUCUUUUGAAAAAGAGAGCAUCAAAUAACUUUUUGACAGCACAUAGUGAAAGGAGAGCGAUUUACAUACAGUAUGACAAAUUCAGUGUUCAAUGAUGUAGUUUUAUUUUUUACAAGACAUUGUAUGAAUUUUCUGAAUAUGAGUUAUAUGUUGUGACAAUCAUGUCACCCCCCCCCCAAAAACCUACUUUUUAAAUGUAUUUGGAGAUUUUCAAUUAGUAGUGAAUGCUGUUUUUCUUUCUGGGUUUCUAAUGCACUCCACGGGGAUCGAUGGACCAUAGUGUAAGGGCACUUUGGUACAGUUUAUAGGGCUAUGUGAGAGAGGCUUUGAUGAGAGGGAACAAUAUAGUUGCCCAAAUGAUGCACUCUAAAGCAUGUCUUAUAGUCACAGGACAGAGAAUUAGUGAAAAAUGAUUGAAUCGUGUUCUCAAGGAAAUAUCCUUGUCUUUGUAAUGUAGUCCAUUCAAACCCCUUACCAAGUAUUGACCAAAGAUGGUUCAUGUCAUUUUUGGAAAGUCUUACAGUAUUCUACUGUAGUUCUUUUGUUAUAGCAUCAAAUUCAGCUUCUCAAUAGCUAGUGAUGUUUCCACAUGACACUGAGUUAUGAGUGAAGUCAUACUGUACAUUGUUAAAAUGGGUACAAUGGUGUAGAAGUGACUUGGACCCUUCUCUCCUGCAUUGUGUAGAUUUGAUUCAUUUUAACACUCAUUGUGCUCACUGAAGUUGUUGGUUUAACGUUGCUGUUUCUAGCCAAUGCAUGUUUGUCCCAUGGCCAUGCUUUUUUAAAUGUUUCCAAUAAUGGGUCAAAGCCAUCACAACACUUGCUGCCUCCAUUAUCUUGUGCACUGGGUGCCAGACAGAGUAAACUAAGCAGAUUUUGUUUGAAUAAAGAUUAAGGGCUGGACUCAAUCUGUAUCGUGGAAGAUCUGUGUUAAAUUUGAAGGUAAUUUUUCGACAUUCCGUCGACAUAUGCAGCGUUUACCGUGAAUGUAGUCUUUUAAAUGCCUUUUUGGGCCGGCAGGUAGCCUAGUGGUUAGAGCGUUGGCCCAGUAACCGAAAGGUUGCUGGAUCGAAUCCCCAAGCUGACAAGGUAAGAAUCUGUCAUUCUGCCCCUGGACAAGGCAGUGAACCCACUGAACCCAUAAGGCAGUGAGCCCACCUAGGCCUUCAUUGUAAAUUAAGAAUUUGUUCUUUAACUGAUUUGCCUAGAUAAAUAAAGAUUAGGGUUUAUUUUAUUAUGUUUUUUUUAAAUAUUGAGCUAUAGCGUGGAUUUUCCACAAUGUAGAUUAAAUCCAGCCCAAAGAUUCUCAGUGUUGAGAAAACGAAUUGCGCUUUGUACAUAUACCCACAAAGUUUGAUAUAUGUUUGAAUUGUCAAGCUCAAUGAGAUCCCUAUCCAACAUCAGCAGGCUGAACUGAAUUUUAUGUUACUGAAUAAAAUGUAUCGGUAUAUCAACAGAA